AUGCCUCCUCGAAAAUCCCGAGCCAAGAAAACCAACGAGGCGGAGGCCAAUAUGCCUGUACUGACAGCUUACUGCACGAAACUGCGCAGAAAAGUGGAAAUGGAUCAGAUCGAACUGGUGACCAUGAAGAACGGUCGGCCGGCCGCCAAGGGCGUGGCAAAAGAAGAUCCCAGCCUGUCCGUAUUCCGGAUCCUGAGCAAGGCUGAGGCCGAGGAACUGGCAAAGGCCCUUUCCUGA